AUGUCCAUGGAUUCUCGGCGUUCCAUGCAAUACCCCCAUAACCGCAAGGCAAGCGAAUCGGGUCUUGAGAACCGGCCUCGUCGGUUCUCCCUUCUUCCCCAAUCGUUCUCCUUCCGAGGCUUCUCCACCGGCCGAGCUCAGACACCCGAUGAACAAUCAGACAAUUCUCGCCCUGUCGAGUCUCGUGGUCAACAACGGCCAGCUACAGGCCCUGCAGGCCCUGCAGGCCCUGGAGAAGGUCGGGCUCGCUCGACAAGCUAUGGCGCUCAAGAUGCCAUGGGCAUGGUUAGAGAGGGACCUGGAGAGGAUGCCCAGGUUGAAAACGAGCCUCUCAGCUAUGAAGCCCAAAUCGAUCGGCAAUUCGCAGACCUGGGCACUCAAUUCGACCAGCAGCAGGAUUCCUUCGGUAUGCCGUCGGCUGAACAGGUUUACCAAAACUCUCGAGAUCAAUACUCUGGCAAUCAUUAUGGCUACCAAUCUAAGCCCAACUACUACGACGACUACAAUGGCACUUAUGACAGCUUGCCUCGCCAGUCAAUGCAGGCUGGCCGCCCAGGACGUGGACCGAACGUCUUGCAAAAGAACCACCGCAAAUUCGCCGAUGCCUACGAAUAUGAGCGGGACGGAUCUCAUCAUUCUGGCAGUUCUGGUGCAGCACGCAAAGUCAUGGAUUUCUUCCGCAGACGUGCCAAGUCUAGAGCCGGUGAUGAACGUUGA